CGAAAGUACACAAGCGACGCACGCUCACUCACUAGCCUAGCCUACUCACUACUCACUUCACAAGCCUGAGUCAGGAGCCAUGUUGUCCUACUAGAUCAAGAUAAGAUUAAAUCUUCUAAGUCCUUGGGCCUUGCGUCUUAUACAAGAUCUAGUUGUGUAUUACAUUGUUUAUUUUUCCUUGUUUUUGGUGUCUUUCACCUCAGUGACAGAUGAAGUUACCAGUAUCAGGUUUCAUGGAAAUUAAGUUUGUUAAUUUUCAAGGAGCAGGGUGCGAGUCAGUUCGAGGUUCCAACUUCAACAUUUGAUAAUUUGAAAGACGUGUAUCGUGUCGUCGGCGUUGGCGUUGAUUGUGAAUUGUGAUAGAAUUUCAAUUUAUUGCUGCUAAGACUAAGAAACAUGGGCAGACGUUAUUAUUGUGAUUAUUGUGACAAAUCGUUUGCUGAUAAUCCCACUGGUCGAAAGACUCACUUGAACGGUGUAGCACACCUCAGGAAUAAAAAGGCGCACUAUGAUGCUUUGAGGGAUGAACAGGAAAUCCUUUUGGAGGAUCAAGGAAAAAGGCCAUGCAAAAUGUUCCUGUCUACAGGAGACUGUCGCUUCGGAGACCGCUGUCAAUAUUCUCACCUGACCAAUGAGGAUAGAGCUCGGCUUGCAGAGAACGUCAGGCAGAAGGAGCAGCAGAAAGCUUCCCCAGCGAACAAGACAGCUUCUCAGGAUCUGAAGACUUCCCUGGCAACAUGGUGCAAAAGAAGAACUGACCAAGUGAAAACUGACUCAUCGGUGGAAAAACCUUCCGUAUUCGUUCCAGAGUACCAGUUGUCUGACAGCCUGCUGGGCUUUGCCAGUCUCCCACCGUCCGUGCUGCCCCCGGACCGUGAUGCGAUCCUGAACUGUGACUUCCCAGAUUGGGGUUCGUGACACUGCCACAUAGAACUGUGUCUUUAGAAAUGAUAUGAUAUAAGAUAUCUGCUAACUGGUACCAUAAUCCACGAGGAUCACAGGGGCCCUGUGUGAUAGAAUAGAGAGCCUCUUUAAUAGAGGUCUGUCAUCAUACAGCGAGUCUUGGGCUAGUGAAGCCUGGCGGCCUCCGUCCCUCUCCAUGCUGGACCACAGCCGACUUCCUCCAACACCCGGGGGCUUGCCUUGACCUCGUCGUGCAUGUGGCCAGCCGUUGUCAUUUGUCUGGGAAGUCUACGUUACCACCACCCCCUUACAUGGUUUUGCACGUCUGCUGAGGCGAGGUCCCGGGGUGGGGCGCUUGAAGCCAGCAUGUGAGAGAUUUAACUCUUUGAACCCUAUGGGACGAUUGGAGCGUCCAGUACUAGUGACAACUGUUUUGUUUUAUUUAGUGCUGGCUUUUGCUUGUUUUUUUGGAACUGUUCCUGAGCCAAGUUUUUUUUAUGGUAAUGACUAAGCCUUAGUUUCUGCUAUUUAGAAAGUAGGAGGCCAGCUUUUGGGGUUAUAAUGACAUAGCGCUCUAGGUUUAGGUGACUGUAGAAAAAACCUCCAGGAAACGGUGGGAAAAACUCUCGGCUUAAAGAUUUAAGGGAUAGGGGUGGACCAGUGCGCCGGUCCAUCCUACUCAUAUAAUUAGUAGGGAAUAUGAGAUAUACUGUAUCAUAAAAAUGUUACAAACCAAAAACUGAUACUAAAAAUCCUUAGGGUUUGUGAUGUAACGGUUUGAGUUUGGCACUUCACUGUUGCAUGCUGGAGACCCAUCUCAUUCUGAUUCCCAAGUAGGGAGAAUUUUUAUGGUAUAUUCAUAUACAUAAAAAUCUCCGGUCUUUCUGCUGGGCUGGGAUGUUGUAUCCCUCUCAGCCUGGGUUGGUCCUGACAGGCACGGUGGAGGCCCGCCUGGUAUCGUAAAUGAUCUAAAUUGUGUUUAUGAAUACAGCAGUCGGCCUAAAGACACCACUUCAAUAUAUAUAUAUA